AUGAGGUGUAGAUCUCAGGAAUGGCUGAGAGCAAUAGCCAUACUAUUUUUAUCCCAAACAGUUGUCUCAAUGGUUAUACUAAAUUCUACACAUUUGGAGGCUAUGCUGGAAAAGUACAUGGAUGAAGACGGAGAAUGGUGGGUGUCCAAACAGAGGGGGAAGAGGGCCAUCACUGAGAGUGACAUGCAGGCCAUCCUUGAUCUGCAUAAUAAGCUCAGGGGUCAAGUUUAUCCGCAAGCUUCAAAUAUGGAAUACAUGGUUUGGGAUACGGAGCUUGAGAGAACUGCUGAAGAAUGGGCGGAAACGUGCUUGUGGGAGCACGGGCCUGCAAGCCUUCUACCCCAGAUUGGACAGAAUCUGGGGGCUCACUGGGGCAGGUACCGGCCCCCCACAUCUCAUGUUCAAGCAUGGUAUGAUGAAGUGAGAGACUAUACUUUUCCAUAUCCACAAGAGUGUAACCCAUACUGCCCUUUCCAUUGCACUGGUCCAGUCUGCACUCACUAUACGCAGCUUGUUUGGGCGACCAGCAGCCGGAUUGGUUGUGCAAUCAACCUGUGUCACAACAUGAAUAUCUGGGGUCAUGUCUGGGCCAAAGCUGUUUACCUGGUUUGCAAUUACUCACCAAAGGGAAAUUGGUGGGGACAUGCUCCCUACAAACAUGGCACCCCCUGCUCUGCAUGCCCACCCAGCUAUGGAGGAGGCUGUAGAGAGAACCUCUGCUACAAAGGUAUGAAUGAUGGUGCUGAUAGAGCCUAUCCAACGGAAGAAACAGAAGAGAACAACUACAUUGAACCUGAGGUGCCAAGAACUCAAGGACCUCGACCAAGACCUCACCCUCCGACCACAUCUCCUAAUGAGGACCUGGAGAAGAAUGAGGUGGUGAACACGCAACAGAUGUCUCAGCUUGUAACAUGCGAGACAAAGCUACGUGACCAGUGUAAAGGGACAACUUGUAAUAGGUAUGAGUGUCCGGCUGGCUGCAUGAACAGCAGUGGGAAAGUAAUCGGGACUGUAUAUUAUGAAAUGCAAUCCAGUAUUUGCAGGGCCGGUUUGCAUUAUGGAGUAAUUGACAAUGAAGGGGGCUGGCUGGAUGUUACAAGACAAGGCAGAAAGGAGUACUUUAUCAAAUCCAACAAACAUGGAGUUCAGUCUUUAGGAAAGUACCAUAGUGCAAAUGCCUUUACAGUAUCAAAAGUGACAGUAAAAGCUAUCACAUGUGAAGCUACAGUCGCAGAGUUAUGUCCAUUCCAAAGGCCUACCAGGCACUGUCCAAGGUUCCAUUGCCCCCGCAACUGCAUGCAGGAGAACCCUCACUAUGUACGAGUUAUUGGAACACAAACUUAUUCAGAUAGAUCCAGCAUUUGCCGAGCGGCAGUCCACGCUGGUGUCAUUCAGAACCACUCAGGAGGGUAUGUAGAUGUGAUGCCAGUUGACAAGAGGAGACAAUACAUCGCCUCCUAUCAAAACGGGAUAUUCUCUGAGAGCCUGCAGAAUCCCCCAGGAUCCAUGGCCUUCCGAGUAUUUGCGGUCAUUUGAGUGCAUGCCGAGGACAC